GAAUUGAGUACUUAACCCGAGACUCCAGGCACAGAAGGUUAACCCUUCACUACACCCAACAGAUUAUUGUGCAGAGGAUGAAGAACUUCAUGGUGAACUUAGGACCCUGAUGAAUAUUGGCCAGGUUCAUGGACAUAGAGCAGCUCCCUUUCCUAAAACAAAUAGGAUUUUCUCCCUACCCCACCCCAUCGAAAGAAGACAAUGGAGAAGGCCUAUCAGAAUUCUGGUGGGCGAUGUCCAAUAGGAUUAACAAAGAAACCAUUUAAAUGUAUGGAGUGUGAAAGGAGAGAGGAGAAAUAAUUUGAAAAUAUGGAGUGUGGGAAGAGCUUCAGUAGCAGUGGAACACCAAGAAAACAUCAACGGACUCACACAGGGGAGAAACCAUUUAAAUGCAUGGAGUGUGCAAAGAGCUUCAUUGAUAGAGGAACACUUCAAAUACAUCAUCGAAUUCACACGGGGGGAAAACCAUUUAAAUGUAUGAAGUGCGGAAAAAGCUUCACUGAUAAUCGAUUACUCAGAAGUCAUCAACAGAAACACGUGGGGGGAAAACCAUUUAAAUGUAUGGAGUGUGGAAGGAGCUACAUUGACAGUGGAACACUAAGAAAACAUCAACGGACUCACACGGGUGAGAAGCCAUUUAAAUGUAUGGAGUGCGGAAAGAGCUUCACUUAUAGUGGAACACUAAGAAGACAUCAAUGGAUUCACAAGGAGGAGAAACCAUUUAAAUGCAUGGAGUGUGGGAAGAGCUUCACUGAGAGUGGAAAACUUAGAAUUCAUCAAUGGAUUCACACUGGGGAGAAACCAUUUAAAUGCAUGGAAUGUGGAAAGAGCUUCACUGGAAGUGGAAAACUUAUAAUUCAUCAACGCACUCACACUGGGGAGAAACCAUUUAAAUGUAUGGAAUGUGGAAAGAACUUCAUUGAUAGUGGAAACCUUAGAAUUCAUCAACGCACUCAUACGGGGGAGAAACCAUUUAAAUGCAUGGAAUGUGGAAAGAGCUUCAGUGACAGUGGAAAAUUUAGAAGACAUCAACGGACUCACACGGGGGAGAAACCAUUUAAAUGCAUGGAGUGUGGAAAGAACUUCAUUGAUAGUGGCACAUUAAGAAAACAUCAACGGACACACAUGGGGGAGAAACCAUUUAAAUGCAUGGAAUGUGGGAAAAGUUUCAGUGACAAUGGAAAACUUAGAAUUCAUCAGCGGACACACACAGGGGAGAAACCAUUUAAAUGCAUGGAAUGUGGAGAGAGCUUCCGUCACAAUGGAACCCUUAGAAUUCAUCAACGGACUCACACGGGGAAGAAACCAUUUAAAUGCAUGGACUGUGGUAAGAGCUUCAUUAACAGUGGAACACUAAGAAAACAUCAACGGACCCAUACAGGGGAGAAGCCCUUUAAAUGCAUGGAGUGUGGGAAGAGCUUCACUGAUAGUGGAACACUUAGAAUUCAUCAACGGACUCAUACAGGUGAAAAACCAUUUCAAUGCAUGGAGUGUGGAAAGAGCUUCACUGAUAGUGGAACACUUAGAAUUCAUCAACGGACUCAUACAGGUGAAAAACCAUUUCAAUGCAUGGAGUGUGGAAAGAGCUUCAGUCGGAGUGGACUCCUUACAAACCAUCAUCAUAUUCACACGGGAGAGAAACCAUUCAAAUGCAUGGAGUGUGGAAAGAGCUUCAGUCGGAGUGGCCACCUUACAAACCAUCAUCUGAUUCACACGGGGGAGAAACCAUUUAAAUGUAUGGAGUGUGGAAAGAGCUUCACUGAGAGUGGACACCUUAGAAACCAUCAUCUGAUUCACACGGGGGAGAAACCAUUUAAAUGUAUGGAGUGUGGAAAGAGCUUUAGUCAGAGCGGACACCUUAGAUACCAUCAAUGGACUCACAGAACGGAGAAACCAUUUCAAUGCUUGGAGUGUGGAAGGAGCUUCAGUACAAGUGGAGUUCUUACAAAACAUCAACAAACUCAUACAGGGGAGUAACAAUAUAAGUCCCAGGGAAGUGGACAGAGGUUCAGUUGUAGUGGAAGUAUUAUAAAACAUUCAAAAGACUCUGAGGGGUAAGAGCUCUAAGAGCAGUAACACCUACAGGCCAUGAAUUAACUCAAAGAAGAGAAAGGGUUUAUAGAGUAUAGAACCUGGUUCUCUCCAAGUUGACACUUUCUUUCACAUCAAUAACAAGAAAUCAAUCUGAAUUGCAUGCAGCGUAUGUGAGCUUCUGUUGUUUGUAACGUGGUCUAGACGUUUAUUUAAAGUAUUGAAGGUAGAAUUUCACAAUAGUAAGCAUAAUAUAAUAUUUAAUGUGAAUCUGUAGUGUUGCUUCUGAAUGAGGGUGGACUGAGAGUGAGCUGGUGUUGGUGUUUGGUGGAGGGAGCUGGAAAUGUUUAUAUCUGGGAAUGGAGAGUUGCUCAAAGUGGAGCUGAGACUGGUGGUGUUGCUUUGGAAGCAGAGUUAGACUAAUAUUAUAGGAACAGCAGCAUAACUCCCAUUGUUAUAGUUGCAAUAGUGGAACCAUGAAGACACAGAAAGAUUGAAAGCACCUACUUAUAUGCCGAAGGUAAUCUUGAAACCCUGAUCUAUUCUUUUGAUUUAUAGAUGCAUUAUGUCAGAUAUAAUGUGUAUAGAUAUAUUUGGUGGCAGGAGAAAUAAAAGGGGCAUUCCCUGGCAGAACCAGGAAAGGCUCUGUUCCCAGCUGCACGUUUUGCAUGAGGAGGGAAGGGGGCACAGGGAAGAAGGGGCCGUACCAGAGCAUCUCAGAGCAAUGUUGGGAGGGGGGCACAUGGUGACGCAAGUGUGUGUAGAAUGCUAUCCCCAAAAUGACGCAGGCGAGAAACAAUAUGGAUGAGUAUAAUGUGGAAGGAGGUUCCGGUAGGUCCCAAACCCAGAGUGCUAAGCGUCAGCUUCCUCCAAUUCCACCAGCUGCCCCAAGGCACGAUCCCCCUCUGGGCCCUGAGGGUGGAAAGCCUCCUUGCACUUUUGCAACUGGACAUGAUCCGAGGGAGUCCCUGCCAGCAGAGCAAUGCAUACUAUUGAUGUAAUUAUCUUAUUGUUGCUGUUGCCAUCAUGGACUGGCUGGAUGCAGAGAGGGGGGGGCCCUUCUUUUCGCUCUCCUAAAUCUUCCACCAUUCCUGCUUCAUGCUUCACUGGAUUCCAUGAGUUUUAGUUUUAUUGGGGGGGGGCUUUUCUCUAUCCUCUUUCUCCAUUCUAUCUGACAUGUCCUUCCUUCCUCGUCUUCUCUCCAAACUGAAAGGUCCCAGAUACUGAACUGUGCACAGUACUCCAAAUGUGUUCACACCAUAGAUCUCCAUAAAUAAUUUCCAUUCCUCCUUAAGGAGCAGA